GAGAUGGUCAUGGCGGAGGGUACAGCAGUUCUGAGGAGAAAUCGCCCAGGAACGAAGGCGAAGGACUUUUACAGUUGGCCGGAUGAGUCGUUUGAGGAGAUGGACAGCACACUUGCUGUGCAACAGUACAUUCAGCAGAACAUCCGCUCAGACUGUGCCAACAUUGACAAGAUCCUUGAGCCUCCAGAGGGCCAAGACGAAGGGGUCUGGAAAUAUGAACACCUGAGACAAUUUUGUCUGGAACUGAAUGGACUUGCUGUCAAAUUACAGGGAGAAUGCCACCCUGAAACAUGCACCCAGAUGACUGCAACAGAACAGUGGAUCUUCCUCUGUGCUGCACACAAAACCCCCAAAGAGUGUCCAGCCAUUGACUACACCAGACACACUCUGGAUGGAGCCGCCUGUCUUCUCAAUAGUAACAAGUAUUUUCCAAGCCGAGUGAGUAUUAAGGAGUCAUCCGUAGCUAAACUUGGUUCAGUCUGCCGUCGUAUCUACAGGAUAUUCUCCCACGCUUACUUUCAUCAUCGUCAGAUAUUUGACAAAUAUGAGAACGAGACGUUCCUGUGUCACCGGUUCACUCGUUUUGUGAUGAAAUACAGCCUGAUGUCCAAGGACAAUCUAAUUGUGCCCAUUCUGGAGGAGGAAGUGCAAAAUUCAGGCGCAGGAGAGAGUGAAGCAUGAACUGCACAAACCUGGCCAAAAUAUAAACACUGAAACACUACUUAUUACUGAUACACAUCCUGCAUACAC